CUAAAAUGUCGCUGCCGAGUUCUUCUCUCGAGCAUCUUUUACACACUUACUCACUUAGCACAGAGAUUUAGGCUCACUUUCAUUACUUUGAAUAACCUGUACAUGAUCACUAGUUGUGUUUUAUCUGCCUCAACCGCAAGACUGUGGUGCAGGUGCGGUUUGGAGAGAGGUACGUCGUGGAUCCUUCGGCCACAACAGCGACACACAACAUCUCAGCCCUGGGUGAUCCUGCCAGCUCGAACUUGCGCAGUGAGCCGACCCGCCGCCGCCAUGGCUGCAGCAGCCCGCGCCCCGGCCAGGAUUGGCGACCCCGUCAGUGAUAUAGACACUCCCGCGCUGGUUGUAGACAUGGAGAAGCUCCGCAUGAACCUAAAGAUCAUGCCGCAAAGCAUGUCUAGUUUUGGGAGCGUGGCAGUCCGCCCGCACGCCAAGGCACACAAAUGUGCUACACUUGCUCUUCUACAGGUGUCCCAUGGUGCUGUGGGUAUGUGUGCUCAGACACUGACAGAGGCAGAGGCCAUGGUGUAUGGAGGGGUGCAGGAUGUUUUAGUUUCCAACCAGAUAAUUGGUCACUCUAAGCUGCUGAGGUUUGCCACCCUUGCACACCAUGCAAAGAUGUCUCUGUGUGUUGACAAUGAAGAGAACAUCCGUGAGCUGUCAAACAUUGCAAAGGACCUGAAUGUGACAAUUGGAGCUGUUGUGGAGGUGAAUGUAGGCCAGGACAGAUGUGGUGUGGAGCCAGGUCCUGAGGUCCCCAGGCUGGCCAAACUUGUACAGGAGUUACCCAACCUCACCUUUGUUGGGGUCCAGUGUUACCAAGGUUUGAACCAGCAUGUGCGGAAGGCUGCUGAUAGACAAGCUGCAACAGACACUGUGGUUGAAAAGUCCAAACGUGCCCUGAAGGCUCUAGAAGAUGCAGGGAUAAAGUGUGACUAUGUGACUGGUGGGGGAACAGGAACAUACUUGUAUGAGGCAGGUAGUGGAGUGUUCACUGAAGUGCAGCCGGGGUCCUAUGUGUUCAUGGAUGCAGACUAUGGAAGGAACUUUGGUGAAGAUGGCCAACCAGUGCACCAGUUCCACCAAAGCCUGUUUGUCCUGACUACUGUACAGAGUGUUACAGUUGGAAACCGUGCAGUGGUGGAUGCUGGGAUGAAAGCAGUCAGCCUUGAUUCAGGUGAACCACUGGUUUAUCCCACUGCUGAGGUAAUCUACCACUGUGGAGGGGAUGAACAUGGAAUUUUAAGGCCUCCUGCUAAUUACAAGGUAGGUGACAAAGUAUGGCUGAUCCCAGGCCACUGCGACCCUACUGUCAACCUCUACGAUUGGAUUGUUGGGGUCAGGAAGAACAAGGUGGAGGCUCUCUGGCCAAUCACAGGCCGUGGUCCUGGCGUCUGAUGAAAAGAAGAGCUGUUUCCUGCUCCCAGCAAGCUGCCAUCUUGUGUUGGCAUCCACACGGCCGAUUCGCAACCUAUGUUACAAAUGGAUAAGGAAAGACUUUUGAAGGUCAAAAUGUGUCAGUCAUGUUGAAUUUCAGGUGCAAAUUGGUGUUGCUUUAUCUUCUACAAUUAGACAUCCAUCCAAUUUCAAAUUGAACUUGAUGUGUUGGUGUUUAGGUGACCAGCCUUGAACUGCCCCUGCUCCCCAAGACAUUGAAAUAACUGGCAACGUUUUGAAUAAGCAUGCAUUUGAGCUUUAUUUGAGGAUAUUUUUUAAUGCCUUUGUAAUAAGUAGGUUGUCCUUUGACUAGUUGUUUUUAUAUUUUUUUGCCCAACAUGGAAAAUUGCAAAACAUGUGGUGUUUUCUUCCACUGUUUCUCCUGAUGGCUCUCCUUUCAUGGCAGGCUUAAGCGGGUAUCUCACUGGACUGUGCCUAAUUGUAGUAGGCAAUUAAAUUGUGCCAAUUUUCCCCUGUGGUCACACUGAUGUGGUUCACAUUUACAUACGUGUUAUGCAGCCCAGAUAAGCAGUCACUGGAAAUCACAGUGUUGCCACUGAUUUAAAAAAACAAUUAAAAAUGCAUCAAAAAG